GGCUGGACAUAACUUUGACUUAUUCUACUCUGUACAGCUAGCUGGACUGGAUUUCUCAGUCGCAUUCCAGGUACGUUGAUUUUCAUAACGUUAGGCCUCGAGGCUUUGCUAUUUAUUCUCUGUGUCUGCCUUCACCCGCCACUUUAAUAUUUUCUAGAAUCUUGCUUGCCCUUGUCUGACUUGAGGCAGAAGUUCAGACCAUACCCACUCCGAAUCGUCGGUGUUAGCAGAUAUACGGAAGCUUGCAGGCGAUUCCGAAUGGCAGAGCAGUCUAGAUACCAGGAACAGCAUUCUCACCGAAUAUCACAUAUGCGUCGUGUAGGGUGCACCAUAUUCUAUCUAUUUUUGGCUCGUCUUUGACAAUUUGGUACAGGCAAGCGAUGCCAACAUCAGCCAUUCUCCACCCCCAUGGCCGAGACAGGAGGAUAUGAGUAUUCCAGAAAAUUCUUCUCGCAUGGGCAUCUCCCCGGCUCCAUACACAAACCAUACAUCCCAACAGUUUUACCCACAUGUGGCCAAUUCGUUUCCAAGCGCGGACUUUGAAGAGAUAUCGGUUCAGGACUUUACCAGCCACCAUAAUCCAAGCAUAUACGGCAGUUCUGCGCUGAGUCGCUACCAAUUCGAUUUAGGGCCAUGGAAUUCACUGCAGCAGCAACAGGAAUAUGCUGUGUCUACCAUUUCUGCACCUCAGACUUAUGGGGAGAGUCUAACGCCUCAUGAUGUUUUCCCUCGAGCGCAAUUGUUGUCGCCAAACCAAAGGGCACGAUCGAGCUCCAGUUCUGAGAAAGGGGGAUCCAGCUACGUGUCUGGUCAAUAUCAGGACACAUCUGCCACUACGGAACUCAGUGGUGGUCAAGAUGAGGUUCAAUCUCAGUAUCCAGACCUGGACGAGGGGCUUGGGAACCGGAAAACGGGUGCUGAGCCUUCAGAAAUGAACCAAGAAAAGGCAUCUGCACGACCUCCAAGCACCACCGGUACGCGCCGAACCUCAUACCGGAGAAGCGUCCCUAAAAAUUGCGAAAUCUGUAGUCGCCCAUGCAAUAACCAAUCUGAGUAUACGAAACAUAUGCAAAAGCACCAAAAACCCUUCAAGUGCGAGCUGUGUGGUCGGUCAGAGGGUUACUCCACUAAGAAUGAUCUUGCACGGCACCAGAAGACCAAACACGGUAUCGAGGACGGUCGUGGAUACUGGUACUGCCCAGCGAAGAACUGCAAUAAACGCAACAAACCCUGGCCGCGAUGGGACAACUUCAAGAAUCAUGUCAAGAAAAUACACGAUGAUCAGGAUGUUGAUGAAUUACUGGAGAGGUUCGUGUUCUUGGAUAUUCAGUCAACCACAUUUCGCUGACAACCAUGGACAGUGCCAAAACGGCCAAUCAGGAGUCUGUGGCUCGGUUUCCAGGACAUGACACCAAGACUGAUGAACAGAAUAUGGAAGAUGUCUUGAUUGGCAUUGGAGGAGCUUCAGGAGUUAGUCCCAGACCUGCUCCGGAUAUUCUUGUCACACAUACCGAAGACACACCGAGUGGG